AUGACGCUGUUAAGUCCUAGCCGAAUUCGUGCCUUUUCGAAUGAGAAUCUAGGCACGGAUCUAUGCCUCUUCUUCAGUCGUCCAAAUGCCGUUUUACAUGUAGAGCGGUACAGCACGUUGGCGAUUAUAAGUCCGUUUAGCGUUAAAGCAAUUGUGUCUUAUAAGUUGGCGAUUAAUUUAACUUGGCGUGGGACAUCGGAGAAGCCAAGCAUACGAAACUUUGCAGUUUUUUCCAUCAUAAAAGAUGUUUGUCACUCCAAGUUCCAAAAUUCGACAGAUUUUCAAAUAAAUAAAAUUGUGCAACAACAUUUCUUACACGCCAGGGAUAGAGUGCUCAAAUGGAAACAUUCAAAUGAAAAUACACGCGGCAAUUUACGCCUCUCCAAUUAAUUCCUUAACUCCUAUACUUAACGAAAUAAUGUUACCAAAUUAUACUUAACUGAAUAAUUUAAACAAACUGUUUUUGUUGUUUUUAAUGUUAAU